UUCAAUUUUCGUCGGUCGCGGUGACGUCAUUCUCGGUCGUCUUGCGUUAUUAGAGAGAAUUUUCAGAAGAUUGAGGCAGAAUGAAUACGAUUAAUUACCUCAGGAGCUUUUUUCCGGGGCGAACUGAGGAGGAAAUUAUCGAGGAUUUAAGUUUGUUGGGGAUUGAUAAGGAAACUGGGGAGGAUAUCGUCACCCCGUGGACUGUGCAGAGUGACCACGAGACUGGGGUCGAUUAUGAUAAACUUAUUGAAAAAUUUGGAAGCACCAGAAUCGAAGAAGACCUCCUCAAGAGAUUCGAGAAGAUCACCGGGAGAGCCCCCCACCGUUUCCUCAGGAGAGGGAUUUUCUUCUCCCACAGGGACAUGAACACAGUCCUCGACCUCUACGAGCAGGGAAAGCCCUUCUACCUGUACACGGGGAGGGGUCCAAGCUCGGAGGCGAUGCACCUGGGCCACUUGAUAUCCUUCAUGUUCUGCAAGUGGCUGCAGGACGUCUUCGACGUUCCCCUGGUGAUCCAAGUCACUGAUGAUGAGAAACUCCUCUGGAAGAACCUCGAGGUCAAGGAGGCCAUUAAACUGGCUCACGAGAACUCCAAGGACAUCAUCGCCUGCGGCUUCAACCCUGACAAAACCUUCAUUUUCUCCAACUUCGAACAUAUUGGGAACAAUCCUGAAUUUUAUCAGAAUAUCAUCUUGAUUCAGAGCAAGGUGACAUUCAAUCAGGUGAGAGGAAUUUUUGGGUUCGUGGAGAGUGACGCAAUUGGCAAGAUAGCCUUCCCGGCCACGCAGGCAGCCCCAGCCCUGUCCACCACUUUCCCCUUCAUCUUCAAGGGCGAAAAGGUCCAGUGCCUCAUCCCCUGUGGCAUCGACCAGGACCCUUACUUCAGGAUGACUCGUGACGUUGCUCCAAAGCUCGGACUCCCCAAGCCCGCUCUCCUCCACUCCAUCUUCUUCCCAGCUCUGCAGGGCUCCAGGACCAAAAUGUCCGCCAGUGACAGCACCUCAGCUAUUUUCCUGACUGAUUCUGCUGAGCAGAUCAAGGACAAAGUCAAUAAGUACGCUUUCUCUGGGGGAAGGGCCACUGUCGAGGAGCACAGGAAGGAGGGGGGUGAUUGCGAGGUUGAUACGUCCUAUCAGUGGCUCAAGUUCUUCCUUGAGGAUGACCAGAAGCUGGAGGAAUUGAGGAAGAAAUACACGAGUGGAGAAAUGCUGACUGGAGAACUCAAAAAGGAACUGAUCGACGUCCUCCAAGCACUCGUGGGUGAGCACCAGAAGAGAAGAAGUGAAGCUACUGACGAAAUCGUCAACAAGUUCAUGGUUCCACGCGACCUGGGCUUUGCGUUGAACAAGUAGAAAGAGUAGAAUAAGAAAUAAUUGAAUAGAUCAAGGAAAAAUGCAGUACUCAACUGAUGAAUCUGCCAACUCUUCAGUAUUAUCUCUAUUCAUUUACCUAUGGUAUUAAAUCGUGGGGGAAGUAAUUAAUUUCUUAAUUUUAUUAUUGAAAGAGAUGAAUAUAUCCAGAGAUAAUUUUGUUAAAAAAUUUCUUUUCCUGCCAUUUCACUGAUUACGUUCAUUCUUUCUCUGCAAGACCCAUUAUUACACUAUAAUUUCUCUAUUACCGUAUUAUACAGAGUUUGAAAUGACAUCCAGAGACGUUUCAAGGUAUUUUGAUUAUUGGAGUUAAGGAUUUGUUAAUUAGCUAGAUUGAUUGAACAUCAGAGCUGCAAUUUUUUUACUUUUUAUUUUGUUUUUUUUUUCACUUUUAUUUUCAUUUAAUGCACACGAUUUACUGUUGAUUCCUCAUUAAUUUAUGGAAUUGGAAUAAUCACCUUUCUUCGUUAUGAUUUGUUUCCUUAUGUAAUAAAAUUAUGGAAAAAUAAAAAAACAUUCUAUCGGUUCA